AUUUAUAUACAUGAACGGGCUAAGGGAUGGUGAACAAUUUCGAUUUAACAAUAUUAUGUAAAUGAAAUCUUAACUAAAAUGAACUCCCAACCAGCCAUUGUGAAGCUCAAGGGCCCCAUCUUGGAUCCUGGUCUAUGUCGCUGUUGUAGAUCCAUCAAGAAAUGCCGUUUUUUGACCGCUGAAUAUGAGUGGAAGGGCCAUAAAGAAAUAUACUCCGAUAUGUUUAUGGAUUGCUUCGGUUUAUUGCUGUCCAAUAUGGACGGAGACAGCAAAGACUCCUGUAUUUGCGCCACGUGUGUGUCGCGUCUGCGAGAAGCCUUCACAUUCAGACAGCAGGUGUUGGCCAGCGAGGAGGUAUUCUUGAGCGCCAGGCUAGAGAAUAAAGAGCUGGAUAUAGACUUGGAAGUUGAUCACAAGCUGGAGGUGGUAGUGAAGGCUGAGCCGGUCUGCGAGAUGGAGACAAAUUCGCACGUGGAUGACCGAGAUGACAUAGCGGAUGACCAUGGUGAGGAUUCAGAUUACAAAAUGGAAUUGGACAUUCCGAAACAAGAGUCGAAGAAAGAGAUUAAACUGAAGAGGAAGAAGGUGCCUGUCAAAAAGGAGGUGUUGACGAAAAUGAAGAAGUUACGACAGAAAUUGGAUCAGAUGUUGGAUAAACCUGCACCUUCUACGGGGAAAAAAGAGAAAACACCGAAGUCAAAGAAGAAAUCGACCAUAGACCACGAUUACAUGGCUUACGCGAACACAGUGACCAUAGUGAAAAACUCCUUUGUAUGCCCCUUCUUGAACAGGAUCAGCAAUUAUUACUGUUUCUACUGCAAAGACCAAUUCACAAAUCCGUCAGAACUCAGAGAGCAUACGAUGACCCACGAUCCAAGAGAAAUCUUCGAACCUAGCAUGGAAAACAAGAAAAUACCGAAAAUCGACAUAACCAGAGUCGAUUGUCGAUUGUGCGAUACGAAAAUCGAUGAUCUACCCGCAUUCAAAACUCACGUCACUAGCGUCCACGGUAAAUCGUUGUAUCCUAUCGACAACGAGUUCUUAAAGUUCAAAUUGACGCUGAACAACUUAUCCUGCACGGAAUGCGGCAACGUGUUCCCGUUUUUCGACUCGUUAAAGAAACACAUGAUCGAUCAUUUCGGCACGUUCGUUUGCGAUGUAUGCGGCGCUUGUUUCCUGGAGCAGGCGUCCCUGAGGACCCACAUCAAGUCUCACAGCAAAGUGGAUGGCAAUUUCCCAUGUGAAAUAUGCGGCAAGAACUUGAAAAGCAAAUAUAGUCGUUAUCUGCACGUAGCUACGGUCCACGAGAAGAAACCAACGGUGAAUUGUUACAAGUGCGAAGCCAGUUUUUUGUCUCACGCGUUGAGGAAUCGCCAUUUGAUUGAGGUGCAUGGUGACAAGCGUACGUUCCCUUGUAAAUUGUGUGAUAAAGUGUAUAAUAGGAGGAAGACGUUGAUGGAACAUAACCGUAGGAAUCAUUUGAAAGUGUACAAGCAUCAGUGUGAUUUGUGCGAUCAAAAGUUUUAUUUGCCGUCUCGUUUGAAGGAACACAUGGCAACGCAUACGGGUGAAAGGAAUUUUAGGUGUGAGUUCUGCGAGAAGAGUUACCCCAGGCUCCAGUCGUUGCAGGAGCACGUCAGGUCUCAUAAUAGCGAUAGGAAGUAUAAGUGUGAUUUUUGUAAUUCGGCAUUCGCGCAAAAUGGCAGUUUGAAGAGUCACAUGAAAAGUCACCAGCAAAGCUAUGAUAUUGAUACUGGUUUUAGUUAGGUUUUUUAACUGACUUCAAAAAAGGAGGAGGUUUACAAUUCGACCAUAUUUUCGAAUUGAAAUAAAAUGAUUUUUUGUCAUAGUCAAUUUGUUCACGUAUUACAAAAAAUAAUAUUAUUUUUACCGUAUUUUCUGUAUGUUUUGUGUUAUUUAGAUCCUUCUCUGUUUGGGAUUAGCUGCUAACUAUUACAAAAUUGUGUAAUAUUUACUUACAGUAAAUUCUUACUUGCAGCAAGAUUGUGUGUGUAUACCAUUUGUACAUAUAGAAUUUCUUAUAAAUUAUAAUUAUGGAA